CACAAAUACACACUCCCCCUAUUUCCCUUCCCUCCCUUCCUUCCGCGCUCUCUCUCUUUCCUUCGUCCGCCUCUGGUCUCCUAUUUUCCACCCAAACAAACAGCGCAAACCCUCUCCCAUCCCAAAACCGAAAAUGAAAAAUCAAACAACUCCUCCCUCCACCUCCAGACAGUGAGAAAGAGGGAAAAUCGGCAGCGAAAUUCCGAUUUUUAAUUUCCAGGGAAAUAGGGCACGAAGGAAGUGGGGGCGAGUGAAUCAAUGAGCGGAGAGAUGGUCUUCCUUUCUCUUUCCCCUUUCUUCUUCUGAACCUUGUCUUCCUUCCUUGGUCUCCCAAUGGCGUAAACCUGAGUUUCUUGAAAGUUAAAACCCUUGAUCCUGUACAUGUAAUCCCCCCUACAUUAGCUUAUCUUUACACUUCCGAUCUCUCUGGUUUCCUCCCUAACUAACUAUGUCCCGCGACCAACCAUCUUCCUCCCCUCCCAACCCGAUCUCUCCUUCCCAAACCCCUAAACCCGCCGACGGCGACACCAACGGCGCCGUCGCCGUUAAACCCCAGCCUUCCGACCCUGCUACUCCUACUACCUACCGUAGUAAUCGACCUUCUCGCGCUUGCACGCUCCGCGCAGCUGCUAAGCUCCAGCAGCAGCAGCAGCAGCAGGCUAAGCCGAAGCCCAAGAAGGACCACCGCCAGCAGCAGCAGCAGCGCCGCCGGCGGCAGGAGGAAGAGGAGGGUGAAGACCAGGAGGAAGAGGACGAUGGCGGCGGAAGUGGGGAUGAGUUGUCGCUUCAUAAUAAGGACCAAUGUAGUAGUGGUGCUAGUAAGGUUGUGACUUCCCUGGUUGCUCCUCCAGAGCCCGCUCAAUUGCCCCGGUGGAACCUCCGCUCUAUGUGGGAGUUAGCUUCAGUACUCAAUUUCUUGCAUGUCUUUAGACCCUUGUUGAACAUCCAAGUUGAAUUCUCGGCUGAGGAGUUUGAGACUGCUCUUCUCUCACCCAAUGACACAUUGGGAGAGAUUCAUAUGCCAUUGUUAAAGGCAAUACCUCCUAUUACUCGGAUGGCCCUUACUAGGGAUACUUGGGUUACAGUUUUGUGCAGAAAACUAAGAGACUGGUGGCAUUGGGUUGCAGAUGGAGAUCUUCCAUUAGUUGCUUCACAGGGAGCGGAGGUUGAAGCAUAUAAAACACUGGAGCCUGCAGUUCGUGUGGUGAUCCUGAAGGCACUAUGUGAUAUUCGUGUUGAGAUACCUGACUUGAGUGAUAUUCUGCAGCAAGAAGACAUACGUAACUAUAUUGAAAGCUCUAUUAAGCAUGGUGCUCAGCUGCUACUGUUCCGAAAAGAACGCAUUGGGGGUGACUCACAGGGGAUAAAUUACUGGUAUGAACCUGAUGAACUAGUAGGCCACCGGUUAUACCGGGAAAUAAGAACAGCAGAAGUGCUGACAAAAGGGAAGACAAAAGGUUCCAAAGUUCUUCCUUCUACAAUAUACCAGUGGGAAACUGUUGCUACAAAUUUCGAUGAAUUUGUGGAUGUUUCUGAGAAGCUUUUUACCAGUACAAAUAGAACAGAAGUUUCAUUAGGGAAGAAGUUGAAAAAUGACAUGCUCCCUGACAUUGAGAAGGUUCAGAAGAGAAAAGAGCGGUUGCUGAAGAAGCAACACAGACAAGCUCUACUCCUAGAUAACUAUAUGCAUGUGGAUGGGCUAGCAGCAGGCCGCUCCCUGCGUGAUAGAAAGCCUGUCACUUACACUUUCGAUGACUAUGACCGAUCAAUAAAUGAGGCCAUCAAAGUAACCAAGUACGAGUUUUCUCCCUGUGUUCCCGGAAGAAACCUUCGUCCCCUGAGCAUGAUCAGAGAAGAGAAGGUGUGUUCAGACCUGAAGCUUCUGCAAAUGGCAGAUUGGGAGGUCCAUCAUAUUCGGCCAGCUCAUCAUGGCGGCUCUUUCAGUGCCAUGUCUCCCCUUUCAUCUGAUUAUGAUUUCAUAGAUAGUGAUCAUAAUAAUAAUAAACUGAAUAAUUUGGAUCGAGGCAACAGACGCCGACAGCGGCCACAGCGGUAUUCAGCAAAAGACUAUGUGGAAGCUAUCUCAGACAAUGAACACGAAUUUGAUAGUGAUGAUGAUAUUGUUGGAGAAGCUGUCUAUGAUGAGGAAUAUCUGAGGAAGAGAAAAAUGAGGAAGCUCUCAAGUAGCUCUGAAGGAGAUGAAGAAUACAAGUGGGAUGGAGAAAAUGGCGAGGAGGAAGAGGAGGAGGAGGAGGAUUCCUUGAGUAUUAGUGAUGAGGGGAGCGAUGAUCCUCAUAACAAAUUCAAGAAGUUAGCAGCAGGGCGCACUAGGAGAGAGUCCAAGUUGAGGUCGGUCGAGGAUCUUCAGUCAGGUUUAAGACGCAGCAAAAGGUCUACAAGAAACCGGAUUAAUUACAAGCAGUACGAGCCAUCGGACUCAGAACCAGAAGCUGCAAAACAACGUGAUAACCACUCUGGUGCCAGUGAGAAUGGAGAGUUCUCAACUGGAACUCAAGACUAUGAUGAUGGUAAUGAUGGUAAUGAAGAGGUGGAGAAUGGUGAUGACGAUGAUGAACAGGAUAUGAAAGUAGUUGAUCAGCAGCCUGUUGAAGGGUACAUGGAAGGAUACUCUGAAAUGACCGUGAAAGAAGAAAGUAAGCCACCUGAGAAAUCAAGUAGCCCACCGCUGGCAGGUGGUCAAGAUGAUGAGAUUGAUGGGGUAAAGAAAACACAGUUCCUCGAUCUAAACGAAAUGGCUCCAGGUUCUGGUUUCGACGAUGGCCCAAAUAUACUGAUGAAAGAUGAAGUAAAUGGAGAUAAUUUUUGAGCUCUCCCCCUUUCCCCAUAUUAGUGUUUAUGGAUCCCUCCUGGGGAAAGCUCAUUGUACGACAGCUGAAAGAGCUCUGUUAUAAAUUUUGGAUUGUCAAUCCAUGGGUGGAAAAGUCAGGUCAGGGAUGAGGAAUUGGGUUCUUCCAUGGUGUGUAACCUAAGCAAGCUGCCACCUUAAUGCAAAGAAAUUGCUCAUUAGAAGGGGCGGUUUGCAGCAAGGCAAACAACUUGAUUGAAGGUGAGAGUCGGUCAUAUGUAGAUUUAGUAGCGAGUUUCUUCUUCUUUCUUUUGUUUUUGGGUUCCCCUGGUAUUCUACAUCAAUAGAAUAGAAGUGAAAGACCAAGGAGGGAUGAGAGAGAAUUAGUGGGGAAAGUAGUAAACUUGUCAAUCAUUGUACAACUAUCCCUUAACCCCAGAUACUGUAACUUAAAAACAAUUUGCCUUCUCCUGCGCUCGGCGGUUGUCGCCGCUCCGCUUGGUCCUCCCGUCCUCGCUUCAUCGCCACCGGAUUCUCAGGAUCAUUGCCCAUUUCAUAACUCUGUGAAUGAUUGUCUCCUGAUGGCUCUCC